UUUUUUCGGACACAAGGCAGGAAUGCUCCCGCUUGAAGAGUGGUUUUUGCAGCAGUUCAAGCCUCGGUUUGUCAAAACGUCCCAGUCCCACCGGUUGCAGAGCCAGAGCACGACUGUGUACAAACAGCGAAAAAAGCUCAUCCAGCUCACAAACAUCUUCUACACUUAUCAAAAAUCCCAGCCCGGAGCUAGUUUUGAAGUACUUUGUAAUUCUCGGUGAAGAAAGCUCUUCAAAUCACAAUCAGAACUGCCUUCUCUUUUGGCAUCACCGCCACACACCUUAACCACCAGCCCCAAUGGGCUUGUUCCGUUCAAGAACCUGGCCUUCUUUUUUUCUCUUUUUGGAUUUCCACAUCACCAAAACUUGCCAUCUGACCUUUUGAUAAGCCUUAUUCUCCCACACUCUUUCGCUCUUGAGAAUUAUUUCUGAUCGAUUUAUUUAUAAAAAUGUCAUUGUUUUUCAAAAGUCCUAUAGACAUUGAAGUCAGACUUGAUAAUGAAGACUCUCGUCAACAUGUUGAAGUUAAAAAUCGAAAGGGAAGAAAAGAAAAAUUGCCCCUAUAUGAAGAUGGUGAAUCAGUUAAAGGUCAAGUAACAAUUAGAUUGAGAAAUAACAAUAAAUUGGAUCACUUAGGGAUAAAAAUUCAAUUGAUUGGAACUAUUGAAACGCACUCAAAUUCCUCUUCCAACAAUAAUGCCUCUAAUUCCAAUAAUUCAAAUUUAACUUUAAAUAAUAAUAACGAUAAUUUUUUAUACUUAUUACAAGAAUUAUCUGCUCCUGCCACCUUAAACCAUCCUGAAAAUUAUCAUUUUGAAUUUAAAAAUGUUGAAAAACAGUUUGAAAGCUAUAGAGGUUUAAAUGUUAACUUGCGUUAUUAUUUAAAAUGUAUUGUCUUACGAAAAAAUUCCUCAAACAUAAUCCGUGAAAAGGAAUUAUGGGUCUAUAAUCACCAAUUUCCCCCAGACUCGCCAUCCAGUGUUAAAAUGGAUGUGGGUAUAGAAGAUUGUCUCCACAUUGAAUUUGAAUACUCAAAAUCAAGAUAUUCAUUGAAGGACGUCAUAGUUGGCAGAAUUUAUUUUUUACUAGUUCGUUUAAAAAUUAAACAUAUGGAGUUAUCCCUAAUAAAAAGAGAGUCCAUUGGCACUCCUCCAAAUCAGUUUUCAAAUUCAGAGACUUUAGUCAGAUUUGAAAUUAUGGAUGGUGCUCCUGUUAGAGGAGAAGCAAUUCCAAUCCGAUUAUUUUUAGGUGGUUUUGAUUUAACUCCAACUUUUAGAGAUGUGAAUAAAAAAUUUUCAGUAAGAACUUUUUUGAGCUUAGUUCUAAUUGAUGAAGAUUCAAGACGUUAUUUUAAACAAAGUGAAAUUAUUCUUUAUAGAGAAUGAAAAUACAUGAGUUUUCAAAUCAAAUUUAAAUUAUCGAAUUUAUCAUUAUUUUUAUAGUUUUUAUGUUGUACUAAUAUUUUCUAUCUUAAAAAUGCAGGUUG